UUUAAAGCAGAGCCACUCUUCUCACAAACUCCAUUAUCCUAAAAUCCAAACAAGGCCCAAAACAAUUUCCACUUAAUCCAUCCACUGCUCUCUUCAGUGGCUGUGGUUUUUUUGCCUUGAGAAUUUAUGUUCUUUGCCACAUAUACAUAAAUGUAAUAAUAAUAUCCUCUUUUGCCUCAACAAAAAAUCAAAAUUGAAAAAAGAAAAAAGAGGAAAAAAAAAAGAUUCUUUGCUACAUUGAAUGGGCUUUUGAAGUGGGAAGAGAGCCCACCUGAGCAGAGGCUUCUUCUUUACCAGCAGUGAGUGUUGGGACCUAAUUAGGUUCUAAGUCUUGUAAUUGGCAUACAUUUUUUUGUCGUUUCGAGUGCUAGAGAAACACGUAGUUCGUCAUGGCAAAGGCAAUGGAUUACGAAAAUUUGAACGAAAACGUCAAGAAAUGUCAGUAUGCUGUCCGAGGUGAGCUGUAUCUUCGUGCUUCUGAGCUUCAAAAGGAGGGGAAGAAGAUCAUCUUUACGAAUGUCGGCAAUCCGCACGCACUAGGACAGAAACCUCUGACGUUUCCUCGCCAGGUGGUUGCUCUCUGCCAAGCUCCGUUUAUGCUGGACGAUCCGAAUGUAGGGCUUCUAUUUCCCGCUGAUGCUAUUGCGAAAGCUAAACAUUAUCUUUCACUGACUUCGGGGGGUCUAGGUGCUUACAGUGAUUCGCGUGGUCUGCCUGGAGUAAGGAAAGAAGUAGCAGAGUUCAUCGAGAGGCGUGAUGGAUAUCCUAGUGAUCCAGAGCUCAUAUUUUUAACAGACGGUGCUAGCAAAGGAGUGAUGCAGAUAUUGAACACUAUUAUCCGUGGAUCGAGCGAUGGGAUAUUGGUUCCGGUCCCACAAUAUCCACUUUACUCAGCUACUAUAGCUUUGCUCGGUGGUUCGCUCGUUCCGUAUUAUCUUGAAGAAACUGCAAACUGGGGUCUCGAUAUUGUUAACCUUCGCCAAUCAGUCGCUCAGGCUCGCUCUCAAGGAAUAACUGUACGAGCCAUGGUGAUUAUAAACCCUGGAAACCCUACUGGACAGUGCCUUAGCGAAGCGAAUCUGAAAGAGAUACUGAGAUUCUGUUACCAAAACAACGUGGUUUUGCUCGGUGACGAAGUUUACCAGCAGAAUAUUUACCAAGACGAGCGCCCCUUUAUAAGUGCAAGGAAGGUUCUGAUGGACAUGGGUGCACCCAUAAAUAAAGAGCUCCAGCUCGUUUCUUUCCACACUGUCUCGAAAGGUUACUGGGGAGAAUGUGGACAGCGUGGCGGAUACUUCGAGAUGACUAAUAUUCCUCCCAAGGCAGUGGAGGAGAUAUACAAAGUUGCUUCCAUAGCACUGAGUCCGAAUGUUCCUGCACAAAUAUUUAUGGGACUCAUGGUCAACCCUCCAAAACCGGGAGAUAUAUCGUAUGAAAGAUUUAUCAGAGAGAGCAAAGGUAUACUCGAGUCUUUGAGAAGGAGGGCGCAGCUAAUGACCGAUGGGUUCAAUAGCUGUAGAAACGUGGUUUGCAAUUUCACAGAAGGUGCUAUGUAUUCGUUCCCACAAAUACGCUUACCACCAAAAGCAAUCGAGGCUGCCCAAAAAGCUGGAAAAGUAGCCGAUGUUUUCUACUGUCUGAAGCUUCUAGAAGCUACCGGAAUUUCCACUGUCCCAGGUUCUGGAUUUGGUCAGAAAGAAGGGGUUUUCCACUUGAGAACCACCAUAUUACCAGCUGAGGAAGACAUGCCUGCAAUUAUGGACAGUUUCAAGAAAUUCAACGAUGAGUUCAUGGAGCAAUACGAAGACCACAAAGGCUAUUCGAGGAUGUAAUAAAAGGGGGUGGUGAAUUGAAGGCGAAAAAAAUUUGAUGGUCCGUUUGUAUAUUUUCUUUUCUUUGAUGAAACUCAAGAAAUAUUUAUAUAUAACUUUGUUGCAAAUGUUUAUAAUUCGUCUGCUUCCGUUUUGCUCGAAAAGUUACUUUAUGUAUUCCGAGACAUGAAAAUAUCAACCUUAUUUUCUAUAUAUAGUCUUUGUAAACAUUUCCUUCGUCAAGAUUAUUGCUUCGUACCGUGGUUA